AUGCUUUUAUUGCAGGAGAGCGUGGAGCCGGGAAACAACUGUGUGCAAUAUAACUACAGCUUAAACUGCACGAUCUCCACGGUUACCACCAUCUGCCGCGUCAUAGACCACCCCUCCUUCGAGGCCCGCAGCCGGCUCAACAUCAUCACAGCAGCAGCAGUCAUCUGCAACAACACGCGGUACGGCGAGGGCGGGGUGGGGGACGAGUCCCGUCCCGGGUGUGAUAUCGGUUUGGAGGGGGAGCGCCUCGCUGAGUGCCAGGCCAGCGGGGUGUGGCUGACCCGGAUCAACACCUGCAUCCUCACCAGGAUCAACGACCUCCUGACCCAGUCCGAGAGUUUGAAUCAGAAUAGUGUUCCAACGUUCGUGGCAGACCUCAGUGGCUUGGUCAGCGACAAUCAAACCCAAAUAACGGAUUCCCCGGUCACCAUUUCAGCCAUCGUUGACAUCCUGACCAACGUGGGCAACGUGAGCACGGAAAUCGAGGAGGGCACCAUGCAGAGCAUCCUGAACACGGUGGAUGUGAUCGUUGGCAACGACACCAUCGGAUCGUGGGCUAAUCUGAACGCCAACCGAUCCCUCAACACCAGCUCCUUGUUCCUGGGCUCCAUGGAGACCAUCACCCAGUUCCUGAGCGGGGACGACUUCUCCGUCACCACGUCCAGCAUCCUGCUGAACAGAACCCAGUUAAGCGACUCCUUCAUGGCCGACAUCAACUCCAGCCUGGUCAUCAAUCUCCAGAACACCAACCUCACCAACACCUUCAUCACUACCAUCACCUUCUCCACCCUGAGCAACGUCCUGCCCCCCCGCACCAACACCAGCUUCAACGCCAGCUUCAACGCCAGCCAGGACGCCAACGCCACCGGGCCGGAGAUCCGGAUCAACGCGGCGGUGGUGCUGAUCCAGCUGAACGGGUCCAGGGCGCUGCGGCCCAACCUGACGCUGUCCUACCGCAAGCGGAACACCUCGCUCACCGAGGACCCGCAGUGCGUCUUCUGGAACUUCCAGCUGCUCGACUUUCAGGGCGGCUGGGACGAAGAGGGAUGCACCUUCGUCUCGGACGUGGACGACGUGGUGGAAUGCAACUGCGACCACCUGACCUCCUUCUCCAUGCUCAUGUCCACGGGCCUCCCGCCGGGAGCCGCGGAGGCCCUGGACAUCAUCACCUACAUCGGCGUGGCCAUCUCCAUCGUGAGCCUGGUCACCUGUCUGAUCAUCGAGGCGCUCACCUGGAAGGCCAUGACCAGGAACACCACCUCCUACCUGCGCCACGUGUCGCUGGUCAACAUCGCCGUGUCCCUGCUCAUCGCCGACAUCUGGUUCAUCGUCGGUGCCGCCAUCACCUCGGAGACGGACCCGACGGAGAUCGUGCCCCUGGCGGCCUGCAGCGCGGCCACCUUCUUCAUCCACCUCUUCUACCUGGCGCUCUUCUUCUGGAUGCUGGUGUCGGCGCUGCUGCUCUUCUACCGGACGGUCAUGGUCUUCUCCCACAUGUCCAAGGCCACCAUGCUGGCCAUCGGCUUCUCGCUGGGCUACGGCGCGCCCCUGGUCAUCGCCGUGGUGACGGAAGCGGCCACAGCGCCCCAGGUUCCCCAGGGGUACAUCCGGGACAACAACGGCUGCUGGCUGAGGUGGGAGGACACCUUCGCCCUGCUGGCCUUCAUCAUCCCCGCCGGGGUCAUAGUCUUCAUCAACUUUGUCAUCCUCAUCGUGGUGCUGACGAAGAUGCUGCGCCGCGGCGUUGAGAGCAGCCACGCCGAGGAGAAGAACACUCUGCUGGUCAUCUUAAGAAGCGUGGCCAUCUUGUUCCCCACCUUCGGGCUCACCUGGGCUCUCGGUGUUGGGUUGAUGGUGGCUCCGAGGAAUUUGGGGCUUCAUGUCACCUUUGCGCUAUUCAACUCCUUGCAGGGGUUCUUCAUUCUUGUGUUCGGGACUCUCAUGGACCCAAAGAUCCGAGCUGUUCUGUCCAGAACCGUCCCAGCCCUCAACUCCUCCUCCAACCAGACCCGGACUACCAGUGGAGGAGGAUCGUCGACUGGCAGAUGGGCGCUCCUCAACAGGAUACGAGGACGACGCGGUGUGUACCACGUGAUGGGCGCGGGUAACACCAGCAGCUCCAACACCGCAUCGGAAUCCUACCUCAACAUUUGAUUUUGAACGUUUGUUAUUCAAUCUUAAAGGGAUACUUCACCGGUGGAGAUAUGGAGGUUAUAUGAAGUAAAUAAUUCUAUGUAUCAUAAAUGUGCAAAAAAAAUUGAAAUCGGUUCAUCCUAGCCUGAGAAAAGGCAGAAAGUGUCUCUCCGGCUCAAAAGUAAGAAAUCCUCAAACUCCCACAGUGCAUUGCGCUCGCUGCAACGCCCGCCUGUUUCCGUUUGGAGGGGGAAGGACCCAUGGUCCUAGCGCAAGUGGUGGGCGAGCAAACUUUGUGUAAACAUAUCCCUGUGAUACGUUGACUAGUUUAGACUUCUGCCCUUGUUUUUUCAACGCAUGAUUUGUAUAUUACUGUACAGCAUGAAAACAUUUGCUGAUUACAGUAGCUCAGAAUAUCAAGUACUCAACCUUUUCACCCCAGUUGAAAUAAGUGUUUGUCUUAUAUAGUAGGCCUACUUUAGUAUAACA